CGGCCGUUCAGUUCUUUCUGGAACGCCGAUUCGGUAGCACCGGGUUCUGAGGGGUUUUUGGGUGUGAAGUUUGUUUUCGAAGAUUAGCCAAUCGGCCUGAUUGUGAGAAUAGCCGGAAUUCUUGCCAGAACUCUCUGAUAGUGUGCCAUUACGAGAUGACCACCAAGUACAAGCAAACGAAUACCAACGGAUCGCGGGAUCGAACCCUCAAUGUGGCCGUUGUUGGGGGUGGACUGGUUGGUUCCCUCCUGGCACUACAUCUCGGUAAAAAAGGACAUGAGGUCAACUUGUACGAGUAUCGUGAAGAUAUCCGGACGGCCGAGCUGGUCAUUGGCCGCAGUAUCAACUUGGCGCUGUCGGCACGGGGCCGCAAAGCCCUGGCGGAAGUGGGACUGGAAGAGGCGCUGCUCGACCACGGGAUUCCGAUGAAGGGCCGAAUGUUACACGACCUAAAGGGAAACCGUAAGAUUGUCCCAUAUGACGCCAACACCAACCAGUGCAUCUAUUCGGUAGGCCGCAAACAUCUGAACGAGGUGCUUCUCAAUGCCGCCGAGAAAUAUCCAAAUAUCCAUUUGCGCUUCAAUCAAAAGCUUCAAAGUGCAAACCUAGACGAAGGGAACCUCAGUUUUGUUGACCCAACGACAAAGGAAACAACCGAUGCAUCCGCUGAUCUGAUCGUCGGCUGUGAUGGAGCCUACAGUGCCGUUCGGAAGGAAAUCGUCAAACGCCCCGGAUACGAUUUCAGCCAAACCUACAUCGAACAUGGCUAUCUGGAACUAUGCAUCCCACCCACGAAAACCGGAGAAUUCGCAAUGCCUCACAACUACCUUCACAUCUGGCCCCGUGGCAAAUUCAUGAUGAUCGCGUUGCCCAAUCAGGACAGAACCUGGACUGUAACGUUGUUCAUGCCGUUCGAAAACUUCCACGGAAUCAAGUGCGAUUCGGAUUUGUUGGGCUUCUUCCGCCAGUAUUUCCCGGAUGCCAUCGAUCUUAUCGGACAGGAGCGAUUGAUCAAAGAUUUCUUCAAAACGCGACCCCAAACGCUGGUGAUGAUCAAGUGCAAGCCGUACAAUGUGGCCGGGAAGGCUCUUAUCAUUGGCGACGCUGCCCACGCAAUGGUUCCGUUCUAUGGACAGGGCAUGAACGCUGGGUUCGAGGAUUGUACUUUGCUGACGGAGUUGUUCAAUCAACAUGGAGGGGACGUUGAUACUAUUCUGUCGGAGUUCAGUAGACUGCGAUGGGAAGAUGCUCACUCGAUCUGCGACUUGGCUAUGUACAAUUAUGUUGAGAUGCGCGACUUGGUAAACAAGCGGUCCUACUUGUUCCGGAAAAAGUUGGAUGAAUUUCUGUUUUGGUUGAUGCCGAACACCUGGGUUCCACUGUACAAUUCGGUGUCAUUUUCUCACAUGCGUUACAGUAAAUGUAUCGCGAACCGAAAGUGGCAGGAUCAGAUUCUGACCAAAGUGACGUAUGGGUCCUCUUUCGCACUGAUCGGUGCAAUUGCUUUUUGUGGGUACAGAUAUGGUGACUUGAAUCAGAUGCACCAAAUCACUGCGGCACUUCAGAAGCUGCUUCAGUUCAAAUGAGCAUUAUUAUUUAUACUUAUAGGUAUUAGUUUUAGUUACAUUAAAAUAAAAGAGAUUCAAAAGAACAAAUGCACUAUGCAACUUUCAAUGAUGAAAGAAGAACUGAAACAUUGACAAGCUGAAGUGGGAUUUUUCAAGUGUAAAUUUUAUAAUUUUCAAUCAAAUCAAUAACAAAAUCAAUUUUACAUUACAGUAGUUUUUCAAUUCUAUCAGUAAUCGCCAAAUUGACGCCCGCUUUUUUGUAGUUUUGGUUUCGAUUUGAUGAAUUCAAUCAUUUAAGGAUAAUGGGCAAUUUGAUUGUGUGGUGUACAUGGAUGUAUAAAAAGGCUCCCGAUGCA